UUCAUCACACUCAAACUCUUAUCUUACAAACUAACUCAAAACAUUCCAAGCAAGUCCUAGCUAAUAUCUCUUAGUUAUUUGCUUGCACAGAUUUUCCCACAAAUAUGGCAAUCCGAUUUCCUUCUGUACUCUUGAAAACGAAACAAAUCCUUACAAAAAAUCAGCAAAUAGUCCCAAAAGGACAUGUUCCAAUAUAUGUAGGAGAGCUAGAUGAUAAGAAGAGAUAUGUGGUUCCACUUUCUUACUUGAGCCACCCCGUCUUUCAACGCUUGCUACAACGCGCUGAAGAAGAGUUCGGGUUCAAUCAUCCGAUGGGCGCGCUCACUAUUCCCUGCAGUGAACAAACAUUCUUUAAUCUUACAUCUGAGCUUAGGUGCUAAUAGGAAAAUAUGAAGGACUAGUUGAUGUUUCAGUUUCGGAACUAAUUUUUAUUGGGUUUCAUUGAGAUUUUAUUGAUACCCAAGAUUAAUACUAGAUGUAUAGACUGAUGUAUGUGCCUUUUUCCCC